GCGACAGAGAAAGACACAGACAUGGCAGAAGAAGCUCCAGCAGUUCCCGCGGUGAAAGCCCCGGCCAAGGCUCCCAAGAAGAAGGCGACUCCCCGGGCAAAGAGUGACGGACCCUCCCUCCCGAAGCUCAUCCUCGACGCCGUGACUGAGGCCAAGGACCGUAAAGGCACGUCGCUUCCGGCUAUCAAAAAGACGUUGGCCACCAAAGGCAUCGACCUGGAGAAGUCCAACAAACGCAUCAACACCGCCGUGAAGAAGCUGGUGACCGACGGAAAGCUGGUCCAGAAUAAAGGGAUCGGUGCAUCCGGGUCCUUCAAGCUCCCCAAGGCUCAGCCUAAAGCCGCCAAAGCGGUCAAGAAGACUCCCGUUAAGGUGAAGAAGCCCGCUGCCAAGUCCCCGCAGAAGAAAACAGCCGCUAAGAAAACCGCUGUGAAGAAGACCGCAGUCAAGAAAACCGCCGCUAAGAAACCAGCAGCCAAGAAGCCAGCAGCCAAGAAGUCUCCGUAUAAGAAAGCUGCCAAGAAGCCAGCAGUGAAAUCUACCCCCAAGAAGGCUGCCCCUAAGAAGGUCGCAAAGAAGAAGACCCCUGUGAAGAAAGCUCCGGCAAAGAAAGCUGCAGCGAAGAAGUCCAAGAAGUAAAGUGGCUCUUUAACCUGCACGCAGUGCACCAAAAGGCUCUUUUAAGAGCCACCACACAUUCACCAAAGAGCUGAUUUCCUACAUUAUCAUGUCUGGUUCCAUGGUUUGUUUUUCUAUCAUUUAUUUUAUCAAAGCACUUUGAUCUACAUGAAACGUGCUGGUGAAUAGAAAUGUUUGCUGUUAGAUUUAGCAUUAGCACCCAUUAUUUGUUGUAUUAGGGUUAGGACUCAUACAGUAGGAAGAUUUCCAAUUCUGUGAUAGCAGCCCUGCAAUAUCAUAACAAGAUAAAUAUCAGAUAUAAAUGCAGUUGAUCAAAUGAUUUUUUUUUUUUUAGUGGUGGUUUAAAAAUCGAUUAAGUGGAGGUUAGGUUCUGUUAGUUGUGAAGUGAUAUCGCCUCAGAAGCUGUAGUAGCCUAGUAGUAAUACCAGUAUUACCCUGCAUCAGUGUGCCACAUGUAAGAGGAAAAGGAAAUGGUCUCUCAGUGCUUUGUCCUCUGACCGCCACAGGAUGGCGCUAACACACAAGAAGAGAGUAACACUGUCUCCUCUUAACUUACAUUUUUGUACAUGAAUCUACCUCUAAAUCUCUUUAGCUGGAAGGAUCGACCCUUAACAUGUAGCAUCUCAUUUCCUAGAGGGUCCUAUAAACACAAAUAAAAAAAUAUAUACAAAAUAUACAAACAGAACAGCAUUACACACCUAAUACACAGAUACGGACAGCUUGCUCAUUCUCACCCGUAGCUGUUUCAGAGCUGUUCAUAUUGUAAUAUAAUACUUAUAUAAUAACAUACUACUUAUUUAUUCCAGCAUCCUUUGCACUAUGCUCCAUAAUUAAAAUAAUAAUAAUUUAUCAUAAAAUAAUUCACUCCUGAACACUUUGCACUCUUCACUGCACUACUCAUAAUGUCUAUGCUGUUUCUGUUUAUAGUGUGUAUAUAUUGUUCGUUUUUGUAUGAGUAAGCACAUUGUGAGCAUUGUGUAAUCCAAAGCAAAAUUCCUCGUUUGUGUCCUCAUACCUGGCAAAUAAAGCUGAUUCUGAGUCAAAAAAAAUUAGAUACAAUAACCCGGAUAAUUAAAUCAAUUCAUCACAAAAAGAGAAAUGGAAGCUAUUUGUUUUCAGCUCUAACAAACAAGGCUAUAAAUUACAAAUUAAAAGCUUGAACAGGUUGUUUUAAGAUGAGAAAAUAAAGAUGUCCAGAAGCAGUGGUCUGUGGUCUUUAGAUCUCAGAGAAAAAUUAAGAUUAUUCUAUAGGAAAGAUUAUUAUGAAUGAAUUAUAUCUGAAUGAUCUGCAUCCAACUUAUUUGAAACUUGGAGGGACAAAGAAGUAGGGAUAUUGCAGAUAUGAAGAUCUACAUGGAAACCACAAACUGUUUCAAGAAAGAACAGUUGAAAUAAAUGAAGAUGAACUGAA